AACCGAUCCACAUCCCUUUUAGAGUUCCAACGAACCUAGGCGAUCGACUGCGAAUCGUUUGUUUCAUGCUCCACUAACUCAGUUCACACUCUGCAGUCUGCCUGCAGGUAUGAAUGCAAAUCUCGCCACCGUGACAAUCGAUGUCAUCCUCGACAGACACAGCGCCAAAGAGGUUCCCACCGCAAUUCUUCACUCAAUACUGUUCCAUAGGCUGUUCGGCACCGUGAAGCCUCAAACAUUCGAGGUCCUUGAUGUCACCAUGCCAGGUGUUUCGGAUCCUGAGAUGGAGCAACUCGUGACGGAGAAAGUGGAUAUAUUUUGGAAAGGCAUCGAGAGUGGCGCAAACAAACGUGGUCAAAUCAUAGUAACAUUUUCGGAGAAAAAGGCGAAGAAGUCCUGGUUUCAGGUGUACGUCGGGGAGGAGGAGGUGCCAUGGGAACAAUGGAUUGUGAAUGUCGAGAUGCGACAACCCAAAUCAGAAGACCGGCAAGAAUUUAAUGCAAAUAUUGCGUCGACGCUUUUGAAGGCUUUGAACGUGAUGCUGACCCAUACUUCGUCGGAGCGCGGGCGCACGGCUGUUCCUCUCAUCACGAACGCGUCAGGGAUAUCUCCUUUUCCAAUCAAGAUUGCAGUUAAAGUUGGCGGGGUCGAGCUUGGGUAGUGUGUAUAGCUUCCGUGUUGUGCAGAAAGAUGUUGCAGAUGCGAUAAGCACAAGAUGUAUGUUUCAAGACUUUGUAUUGAUUUUUUGUUCGAUUUACUGGCGCUACUUAUCUCUGGGGUUCGUCAUGGCUACAACAUGUGUGAAGGCAGC